CAUAUUUGGGUAAGCGACUGCCAUCUUCUGCGAAUUUUCUCGACUGGCCUGGAUCUAGUGCGAGACUCAGACUGCAGCCAUCGUCAGUUACUUGAGCGAGAGCGCUAAUCCACCGUACUUGCGCACCCUGUUCCCUGUCUGUACGGCAGUCCUCUUUUUCCUCGAGACGUUGCAGUCUAUCCCUGAAGACUGCUUCGAGUCACCCGUCAAAACGGCACGAAAUAAGCUGAUCGGAAGGCGGAGGAUGGUCUGCAUGGCUUCACGUCUGGUCGGAACUGCGGUGUCAACGCUUUUACAUCGGGGAAGACCUUUUAUGAGCGGCGGAAGCACGCGUUGGCCAGUGUCUCUUUUCACUCGAGUGGUCCACCUUAUAACAAUAAAUUUCAAGGACCAGAUAAGAAAUCCAGGAAAGACGACGGGGACUUUGUAUUGUUGUCUGAUUGUUGUUGUGUAGAUG